CGUGUUUUCGAAUUUUCUCGACAUGUUGUCUCUCAUCCAUUUAGGUGACGUGGGCGCUCUGAGUUGCUGGCCAAUCAAAUUGCACCAUUGCCGGUCACGCUAUAUAUAUAAAGCCAUUCAGGCGAAUGCACCGGGAUGCGAACAAAUCUGAGAACCUGUGGUGUCAGCUUGUUAACAAACUUGUUUAUAGAGCCAACCCUCCACCGCGAGCCCAAACAUACAAUAAUUCUUGGAUAAACAAAUUCUUACAGCACAAGAUGGCUGCUAAAACAGUGCAGGUUGACAGCCCAAGAGUGAAGUACUCGGACAAGUACAUAGAGAGUCAAUACAGCUACGACACAACCAGCGUGGAGCUGAAGGGGAACCAGUAUGUGGCCAUGCCUGUCUCCACCCAAUACACAUUCCGGACCAAGAGGCAGGUGCCCAAAGUUGGGGUGAUGCUGGUCGGCAUAGGAGGAAACAAUGGCAGUACUGUGGUUGCAGCCACCAUCGCCAACAGGCUGGGUCUCAGCUGGCACACAAAGGAUGGCCUAAGACUGGCUAACUACUUCGGGUCCAUCACCCAGGCCAGCACAGUGUGUCUGGGGACAGGACCACAGGGGGAGGUGUAUGUCCCACUCAGCCAACUCAUGCCUAUGCUCAACCCUAAUGACAUUGUCUUUGAUGGUUGGGACAUAUCUUCUAUGAAUCUGUCCGACGCCAUGGCACGAGCCAAGGUCCUGGAUUACAACCUUCAGACACAACUUCGCCCACACAUGGAGAAGUACAAACCCCGACCCUCCAUCUACAUCCCAGAUUUUAUUGCAGCCAACCAGAUGGACCGUGCAGACAAUGUCCUUUCUGGAACCAAACAAGAACUCGUGGACCAGAUCCGCCAGGACAUCCGAAGCUUUAAAGACAGUAGCGGAGUUGAUAAAGUCAUUGUAUUAUGGACAGCCAACACGGAACGUUUUUGUGACAUCCGCCCAGGUCUUAACGACACGACAGAGAAUCUCCUCAACAGCAUACGGAACAAUGCAGGUGAAAUCUCUCCAUCCACCCUUUUCGCUGUGGCGUCCAUUUUAGAGGGUGUCACGUACAUCAACGGCUCCCCACAGAACACUUUUGUUCCUGGGGUGGUGGAACUGGCAGAGAAGAAGAGGGUUUAUAUCGCUGGGGAUGACUUUAAGUCUGGCCAGACAAAGCUCAAGUCAGUACUGGUUGACUUCUUGGUAAGUGCAGGGAUUAAGCCUGUCUCCAUCGUCAGCUACAACCACCUGGGCAACAAUGACGGCAAAAACCUGUGCUCCGAUACAUUCAGGUCUAAAGAGAUCUCCAAGAGUAACGUUGUGGACGACAUGGUUCAGUCUAACCGUCUGCUGUAUGAUGAGGAGGAAAAGCCAGACCACACAGUUGUAAUCAAGUACGUGCCAUACGUGGGAGACAGCAAACGAGCAAUGGACGAGUACACGUCUGAAAUUAUGAUGGGCGGCACAAACACCAUCGUCAUCCACAAUACCUGCGAAGACUCGCUGCUUGCCACACCUCUCAUCAUUGACCUCAUUGUUUUAGCAGAAAUAUGUGAGCGUAUCCAGUUCAAAGUGGAAGGACAGACAGAGUUCCAGAACUUCAAUGCCGUUCUCUCCAUCCUCAGUUUCCUGUGCAAGGCUCCGCUGGUGCCGCGAGGAACCCCUCUGGUGAAUGCUUUGUUCCGACAGAGAGCUUGUAUUGAGAACAUCUUUCGAGCUUGUAUAGGACUGUCCCCAGUGAACAACAUGUUAAUGGAGUACAAACAUGAACACAUCGAUGUGCCGUCCAGAGUUGCUUCUCCUUAUUCUAACUUGGCCUCCAUGAAACUGAAGGCUCGAGAUCAACUGAACGGAUUCUCACAAAAUGGUGUUACAAGUGAGGAGAAAGCUAGCAGUGAUGAAGGGGAAAAAUAACAAUGGACAUCUUGUUAAAUAUAUGAUUACCUGUGAAAUGUUUUUUUAAGAAUACCGUUCCCAACAUUUUGUAUCAGUUUACUUUUUAUGUUGAUAAAGGAUGCUGUAUGCAUGCACAGCUCUGUAACCAAGAGGCACAUAACCAGAAGUAAGUUGGAAGCAUUCAGUCAUCAGUGCAGUAUUUAUUUAAACAAUUGACCAAACAGUGUAUCCUACUGUAUUAGAUGUUAAGUGCAGGAUGUCUGUCAAAGUUGGUAUUUCAAAUGUUUGCAUCUGCUCACUGUCCUUGCCAUUUAUUUAUAGAAGUGAUCUGUAUGCUUUAACUGCAACAUUUGUGUGUCAAAUACUGACAAGGAAAUCCUUCAAACUGUAAACACAAGUGAAAUGACAAAUCAGUGACAAGUCACAUUUUAGCAGUGAUGACAAGUCAGUCAGUGAGAUGAAACAUUCUCAGUUCGGUCUCAACAAUAAGAAUGGAUUGUACAAAGACUUGCAGAAGCUUGAAAGUGGUUGUGUUUUCAACACCAGCAAUAUUCGUGCAAAUUUCUCUCCAUGAGGGGGGGAGGUUGGGUAGCCCAGUGGUUAAAGCAUUUGCUUCUCACGCCAAAGACCCAGGUUCAAUUCCCUACAUGGGUGCAGUGUGUGAAACCCAUUUGUGGUGUCACCUGCCGUGAUAUUGCUGGAAAAUUGCUAAAAGCGGCGUAAAACUAAACUCACUCACUCUCUCCAUGAGGUAUGUCGGACAUUGCAAACAUCGAUGCAGUGGUGACAAUUUGGUCACCUUGUAGAAAGAUAGUAAAACGUGGACACCAAUGACCAUACAGAUUGUGAAGGCCAUGUUUUGAAGUGUUCAAUGCACGGAUGAUGUACAAUAUUCACUGUUAUACUGCUGACUUAAACAACGGACUGACAUUGUUGUCCUGCGGUUUAAAUCUUUUGGUCAUGUUUCUAGUGAAUGGAAUUACAGAAAGCAUAUCACCAGUCAAAAUGUCCCUUCACAACCACAAAUCGGUUUGCUUGUCAUGUACAAUGAAUGCCUCUUCUCGGACACCACCCUUCCCUUACCAAAUCUGGUGAAGAAUUGUUUCCCUGGCAAAAUCAUGAUUCGUCUUAAAUCAUUGUGUAACACUAUUGAUUUGCUGCCCAUCACAGGUGCUGCCUCGCCCAAUCUUUGCUGCCUGAUGUAAGUAAUAAAAGGCUGCUUCCAGAUGGCCUGCACAGAGAUGCCCUUU